GAGUGAUUUCUUCUCUUCUUUGAUUUGAGAUUUGAGAGUUGAUUUCUUGCUGUAUUUCCUUUGGUUCCCAUUAAUGUCCAUAAUUUUCAUCAUAUAGAAUACAUGUAUAUAUAUGUAUUCUAACAAUCACCACCACCACACGACGGCGACGGAUGGGGUUUCGCCGCGGGUCAACAGCCCCAGAUUCUCCGGCUCGAUGACCCGCAGAGCCCACUCCUUCAAGCGCUCCAACAAUGGCGGCGCCAAUCAGACUGCCCAUGGAAACGGCGGCACUUCCGCCUCCCUGAACACCCACCACGAAAUUGAUCUCCAGGUGACCUCUCCCAGAUCUGAGGGAAAUGGGAGCCCUGUUUUCGAGGACGGGUUCGAAUCCGUGGUGGAGAAGAAACAAGCUCAGACCCACUUGAGCAGUGUGAUCCAGAGAGUGCAUCUGAGGAGAAAGAUUGGAUCUUUGGGUGUGGAUUUGGGUGGAUUGGGUGAAUUGGUGGAGUUCAAGGGCAAGAAGAAAUUGGGGCACUUGAUGUUCUUGAUCUUCUGUGGCCUCUGCUUCUUCUUGGGUGUUCUCAAGUUCUGUGCUUAUGGAUGGUUCGGAUCAGUGGUAGAGAAGACUGGGCUGAAUCAGGAUUUCUCAGAUUCUCUGGUCACUCACCAAACUAUGACGCAUCAAGGCUCUCAUGAAUAUGACUACGUGUAUACGGACAGACAUCAUGAAGAUAAAGGUGGAGGAAAUGAGGUGGAGGCCUUAAGGAUGGUAUCUUCAGGAGCGGUUGGUACUCCCAACAUGGAAGAUCAUUUAAUGAUAUGGACCAAACCUGAGAGUGUCAAUUUCACCAAGUGCAUUGAUCGGCCAAAGAGUCACAAACAGCUAGAUAGAAAGACAAACGGCUAUUUUCUCAUAAAUGCCAAUGGUGGAUUAAACCAGAUGAGAUUUGGGAUUUGUGAUAUGGUUGCUGUGGCUAAAAUCAUGAAGGCGACCCUUGUACUUCCAUCUCUUGAUCACACUUCCUACUGGGCUGAUGAAAGUGGUUUCAAAGAUUUGUUCGACUGGCGACACUUCAUUGAGACAUUGAAGGAUGAUGUUCACAUAGUUGAGGAAUUGCCGCCUGAAUUUGCCGGUGUUGAACCUUUUAACAAAACACCAAUAUCUUGGUCAAAGGUUAGUUACUACAAAUAUGACGUCCUUCCACUACUGAAGCAGAAUAAGGUGAUAUACUUCACGCACACGGAUUCCAGGCUUGCCAACAAUGAGAUUCCGAAUUCCAUACAAAAGUUGAGAUGUCGCGUGAAUUACCAAGCAUUAAAAUAUUCCUCCACCAUUGAAGAACUUGGGAAAACUUUUGCUUCAAGAUUGCGGAAAAAUGGGAACCCUUAUCUUGCUCUACAUCUAAGGUAUGAGAAGGAUAUGCUUGCUUUCACAGGCUGUAGCUAUAAUUUGACAGCGGAAGAGGAUGAAGAACUUCGCAGGAUGAGGUAUGAAGUGAGCCAUUGGAAGGAAAAGGAGAUCGAUGGGGCAGAGAGAAGGCAGCUUGGUGGCUGUCCCUUGACACCAAGGGAGACUGCCCUUCUGCUGAAGGGUCUGGGCUUCCCUUCCACCACUACGAUUUACUUGGUUGCUGGUAAAGCGUUCGGCAAAGAUAGCAUGCGAUAUCUUUGGGACAACUACCCGAAUAUCUAUUCCCACUCAACUCUUUCGUCAGAAGAAGAACUGAGUCCUCUCAAGAAUCACCAAAACAUGUUGGCUGGUCUGGACUAUGUUGUUGCACUCCUCAGUGAUGUUUUUCUUUAUACUUAUGAUGGCAACAUGGCAAAGGCUGUGCAGGGUCACAGGCGCUUCGAGGAUUUCAAGAAAACCGUCAAUCCAGACAGGAUGAAUUUUGUGAAGCUAGUUGAUGAACUGGAUGAAGGGAAGAUCUCAUGGGAAGUGUUCAGUUCCAGAGUCAAGAAACUCCAUGAGAAUCGGAUCGGGGCUCCUUACAUGAGGGAACCCGGCGAGUUCCCAAAGUUGGAAGAAAGUUUUUAUGCCAAUCCUCUCCCUGGCUGUAUAUGUGAGAAAACACAGAAAAAGUAAAGCCCAAAUGGAAAUGAAGAUGAUGCUAUAUCAAAACCUCCACACUUUUUCGGUUCACCUCGAAGCGCAAGGUCCUUCCUCCAAUGGGGGAACGAAGUAAGCUCAGCUGGAAAUGAAGCACGAGGCUUUACUGCGGUUUCUGAGAAAAUUGGCGCGAAAAUGUGUGAUUUGUGACUUGGCAUAAUCAAGAACUUAGAAAGCGUCAAAUUCUGCUGCGGUCCCUGCUCAAGAUGGUGAUCCAUACGGAUUAGUGUUACUCAUUUAUACGGCGAAUUACAAUCGUUUCACAUUUCAGAGAUUUUUUAAGGACUCGGUUCGAUCUUGAUAAAAAAUGGUUUAGUGAUUGUAUGUUGAUAGGGUGUACUAAUGGAUGUGUGCAGACUUGGAAAGGCUACAUUUUUUAUUCACAAGUAAAUGAUACGUACUGUGGUGAGAUAUGGAAACAUAAGUGAUGAAUAAUUUUGUUUGACAAAA